AGUCAAACCAUGUGCGUUGCGAUUUGGUCGUUUUUGUAUACAAUGCGAACGCGAAAGAACUAACUUGCAAUAAAUUCGAAUAUUUAGCAAACAAAAUGCAGCAAGCUCAUCGACCUGGGAAUUUGAAGCAGAGCAACAAGGUCCAUAAAUCUCGUCACAGGUCGAAACGGGGAAUAUCUGCAGCAGUGAAAGGAAAGGUUAAUGUUAAGGAAAUUGUGAGGCGUAAUCGUCACAUUUUGAAAAAAGAUGAACGUCGGCAUCAAUCUAUGCAAAUACGUAAAAAUAAACGUGAGGAAGUGUUAUCUAAGAAACGGGCGCUUGGUGGGAACCGUAAUCCCCCUUUCUUAGUGUGCGUUGUACCUUUAAACGCCCAAUUAGAUGUUCAGUCAGCAUUGGCUAUUUUAAAAAGUUGUUCUGAAGGUGUUAUUGUGUCACAGUCAAACAAUGGAGUAUUGCAUAUUGGGUAUUGUAUAUUCUUUUCUCUUUUUUUUUCUUUAUUAUAUAAUAUUAGCAAAAUGUUAAGAUUUCAAAUGAUAAUUAUUUUUUGUGUUUCAGGUUACCAAAUUUCAAACAACGUUUUUCCUUUAUAUGUCCUGAAGUAAACAAUGAUUUUGCUCUCUUAGAUGCCCUUAAAAUAGCUGACACUGUACUGUAUGUUAGUUCUGCUUUAGAUGAACCUGUUGAUGAGUGGGGUGAAAAAGUAUUAGCCUUGUCUAUGGCACAAGGCAUGCCCACCCCAUUGGUUGUUGCUAUGGAUAUAGAAGGUGUUAACCCUAAGAAGCGUACAUCAGAAAAGCAGAAUGUGCAGAAGCUUAUCUCUAAGUGGUUACCUGAAGAAAAAGUUAUGCAACUUGAUAAGAGCUCUGAUGGAUUGAAUUUGCUGCGUAGGAUUGGGAAUCAAAAAAGGAAUGUUCUGCACCAUAGAGAAAGAAGACCGUAUAUGUUAGCUGAAGAGGUUGAAUAUGUAGCAGAUAAAGAAGGAGACUAUGGCACAUUAAAAAUUAGUGGCUAUUUAAGAGGAAUGCCUUUAAAUGUUAACGGAUUGAUUCAUGUAACAGGGCUGGGUGACUUUCAGAUGUCUAAGAUUGAUGGACUAGAUGAUCCACAUCCUUUGAGUUUAAACAAAGAGAAUACAAAACCAGAUUCAAUGGAGGCUGAAGUCACCAAAGUCACAGUGUUACAAAUGCCUGACCCUGCAAAGCAGGAGAGUCUAGUUUCAGAGAAUGUUCCUGAUCCUAUGGAUGCAGAACAAACAUGGCCAACUGAAGAAGAAAUUGAACAAUCUCAAAUGGAGACUAAAAAGAAGUUGGUAAAGAGAGUUCCAAAAGGCUGGUCUGAUUACCAAGCUGCUUGGAUUGUUGAGUCUGAUGUGGAAGGUGAUGAUUCUGAUGAAGGUAAUGAUAGUGAUGAUGAAGAGAAUGAGCAGUUCAUGUCAUGUGAAGAAGACAACUCUGACAAUGAAGAUAAGGAAACCGUCAAUGAUUUUGAGUCUGUCACUGAAUCUGAGGUUGGGAUGCCUGAUGACAAAUAUGAUGCAACAAUUGAUGCUCAUGAGGAACACGAGAUGCUACAGAAGUUGGUACAAGCAAGAGAGGACCAACAAUUUCCUGAUGAAGUAGACACCCCACAAGAUAUACCAGCUAGAGAACGAUUCACGAGGUAUAGAGGUCUAGAAUCAUUUAGAACCUCUCCAUGGGACCCUAAAGAAAAUUUGCCAGCUGAUUAUGCACGCAUAUUUCAGUUUGAAAAUUAUGAUCGAACAAGGAAAAGAAUCUUUAAAGAAAAUGAAGAGAGUCUCAUUAAUAUGUAUGGUUUUUACAUAACAAUACAUGUAAAAGGAGUUCGACAAGAUCUCUGGAAAGCAUUUUAUGCAGCAAACUCCUCUGCUCCGUUAGCAGUGUUUGGUUUAUUACCUCAUGAACACAAAAUGUCGGUGAUGAAUGUGGUGUUGAAACGAACGGGUGUUAGCAAUGAGCCAAUAAAGAGUAAAGAGAGGCUAAUAUUUCAAGUUGGCUAUAGAAGAUUUAUUGUUAAUCCUGUAUUCAGUCAACAUACUAAUGGAGGGAAACAUAAGUAUGAAAGAUUCUUCCAGCCUGCAUCGACGUGUGUGGCCUCAUUUUUUGCGCCGAUUCAGUUUAGUCCUUCAACAGUUCUUUGCUUUAAGGAGAAAAGGAAUACUAAGCUACAGUUGAUUGCAUCAGGAGUUCUUCUGUCAUGCAACCCUGACAGAUUAAUCAUAAAGAGAAUAAUUUUGUCUGGUCAUCCUUACAAGGUACAUAAGAAGUCUGCUGUUAUAAGAUUUAUGUUCUUCAACCGAGAUGAUGUUCUCUAUUAUAAGCCGUGCAAAUUGCGAACCAAAUAUGGGCGUACAGGCCAUAUUAAAGAACCUUUAGGUAUGUUCAUUUUUUAUUAAUAAAACCUUUUUUCAUUUGCAAUUUACUAAACAAUGAUAACUGAACUAAAAAAAUAGAUAACUUACUUGUUAUCCUUAGGGUCGCUCUCUCGAAUGUAUUCUGCUUACAAGAUAUAUCAGGAUGAUUUGGAGUUAGGAAUUACUUCUGUUCACGUCAUAAAGAAACUUGUUUGAAGGGGCCUUUAACAAAAAACUUGAAUAAAAAGUUUCAUUGACAGUGUCUACAGUACUGAUAUGCUGGUUUCAAUUCUUCUCCAUACCAGAGAUUCAGGGUUCCGAUUGAGUGAAAAUAGUAAAUGGACUUU